UUGGCGGACCACAGACUUACAUGCGCGUGUUCCUUACCGGACAUAUUUUAAGGACGGAACCGUGAACUCACGUGUACAACAUGAAAAACCCAAAACACAACAACACUGCGUCAAAAAAGGCUAAAUUCAAGCCUGGCUCAAAGAAAAGAGAAAACAAAUGCGUCGUGAUGUUUGACGACAAGGACAGACAGGACUAUCUGACUGGAUUCCACAAGCGAAAAAUAGAAAGGAGAAAAGCAGCGGUGCAAGAAAUGAAGAAUAAAAUAAAGGAGGAGCAAAGCAGAGUUAGAGAAGAACGUCAUAAGGAAUAUAUAAAGAUGUUGAAGGAGAGGGAAGAAGCUCUCGCGGACGCAGAGGACGAGCUUGAAGACGCGGUGAUCAGCACCACAGAGUCUGUUCAGUAUGACCACCCGAACCACACCGUUACCGUGACAACCAUUAGUGAUCUGGACCUCUCCGUAGCUCACCUGUUCAGACCUGCGACAAGUGAUGCUGACGAACAGAGAGAGGACGACAACAAGGAGGAAGAGAAAAGACUUGCAAUGCCAAAAAAACCGAGGGACUUGAUCAUGAACAAAAAGAUCCGCUCCCUUACGACGGCGCUCAGCGUGUGCACCAGCAAGCGGAGGAGGAAAGGGAAGCAGGAAGGCCGAGACAGACGAGGACGCCGGCCAGACAAGAGACCUGGUGUCACGGAGGGUGUACACAGAGGCGGGAGGACCAGCAAGAAACAGAGGCGGAGACAAACGGGGAAGAAGACGGACCAUCUGGACUAAAUGUUGUUUGUGUGUGUGUGUGUGUGUGGGGUGGGGGGGCAUUUUAUGUCAGAAUCAGCUUGAGAGUCUGUGUUUUAAACUGAUGUCCAGCUGAAUUCUCCAUUUUGAAUUCUCUGGAAAUAUCUUGUAUAUUUUUCAACAGUUUUGGGUUUAUAUAUAUAUAUAUAUAUAUAUAUAUAUAGUUCACAACAGUUGCUGUAUAUGCUUAAAGUUUUGUCAAAUAAAGUCGGUUUGUUCCGC